AAUAAUUGACUUUAUUAGACCUCCUUAUAACCCUGUGUAUUUUAUUGGUCUAGUAAACAGAUCUGUGUUGAACCGACUAUGGAGCGAACUUUCACGAGAGUUGCCGAAAAGAUCCGAACUUUGUGUUGCCGUGGAAACUGCCGGUGUCGCCCCCAAACCGUAACGUUAGAGCAGGAAUGUCGGAGUGAGAGAGGGUCGCUUUGCUCUUUCAGUUUAGAAGAACUGCUAGAAGACUUCUGAUCUGAGGGGCAUGUCUCAGGCUCUGCUGGAUCCUCUGCUUCUCGAUGAGGAGAUACAUGAGGAGAAGAAGGACACAGGCGGAAGCUCAUUGUGGGAACACGAGGCGCUCGCGCAGAUUCCUGUAAAGGUGUUAAGGGGACAUGCUGACUCCAUCACCAGCUGUCACUUUUGUUUUCAUGACACUCGACUUCUCACCAGCUCCCAUGACAAGACAGUGAUAUUUUGGGAUGUGGAGACAAGGGCUCAACUGAUGCAGCUCAAAGGAGGACACUCAGGAGCCAUCACUGCAUGCUGUUUGGUCCCGGAGAAGAACAGAGUAAUAACAUCCUCUUGGGACAAGACCAUUAAUGCCUGGGAUCUGGAGACUGGUAAAAUUCUGUGGACAGUAAUGCAGGGCGGUUUGUUGAUGUCAUGCAGUGUAUCAGGGGACGGAGAGUAUGUGGCAUCGGCCUCAGACAUGGAGAACGCUCUGUAUAUCAACUGUGCAGAUACAGGACAGAGACUGCAUUACAUUCCAGGUCAUCAUACAUCCACUGUGAUGAGCUGUAGGUUUGAUGCUCAGAAUCAGCACGUGGCCAGCGUCUCAGCCGACAGAUCCAUAAAAUUAUGGGAUCUUUACUCUCACAAAACCACUCUGAGCAUUAACAGUACUCACACAAACGUUAUCUCAGGCUGCUGUUUUACACAAAAUGGUCAUUGUUUAUGCACGGCAUCAUGGGACCGUACGCUACAGCUGUGGGAUGUGCAAACGGGUUCGUUUCGUAACAGAGGGGGAGAAAAGCUCUGCAAAGGCCACGAAGGAAGCAUCAGCUCCUGUGUUUUCUCCAAUGAUGCCUCUAUUCUAGUGUCUGGGGCAUAUGACAGGACCGUUGCAUUGUGGGAUGUGAAGGGACUGUACAGAACUCUGGUGCUGAAGGGUCACCUGGACUGGGUGACAUAUGUGGACAUUAGUGCUGAUAAGAACUGGGUGGCUUCUUCCUCCAAGGAUUGUACAGUGCGUCUGUGGAACAUUGAGCAGCAUGAAAGCAUUCCUGCAGUCAGGCAGAGCAGGAGAGCGCAUGGACAUGAAACUCAUAUACUUAAGUGUGAGGAAUGUGGAAAAGCGUUUUCAGGAUCUCGUCUGGAGAACAUCACCAUGUGCGUGUUCUGUAGAAUGAAGACUCCUAACAGAACUCUACCAUCACCUCCUCCUCUUUAGCAUUGAGAAAGCUGAUCAUACUAAUGUAGCUAAUGAAGACAAUAGACGGAGAAAAUGUGUUUCUUGAGCCAUCGGAGAAAUUUACCGACAACACAAACUCUUGUAUGUAGUUUGUACUUUUGGGAAACAGUCAUAUUUGAGCUGUAAUAUAUUGCUUCACACUCAGCGGCGCCGUGGCUUAGUUGGUUAAAGCGCCUGUCUAGUAAACAGGAGAUCCUGGGUUCGAAUCCCAGCGGUGCCUUUUGUCUUUUUAUUAAAAAAAAGAAGUUUAUUAAAUUUACAAGUAAUAAACCAACAUUUAUGCGAGUUGUACGAAUAGAAAUGUGUUUUAUAAAUCACAACUCUUAUUUUGAUUCAUAUAUAUAAAAAAUUGAUAAAUACAUACAGUUCCAUUUUCCUAAUAGUUACUGCAACAGGUAAAUACAUUAAUUUGUAUAUUAGAUUUUAUUUGAAGAACAAA